ACUUUACUGCGCAUGUCUGAACGGAAAUAGUUAGCGGUAGUGGAAACUGUAGCUACUGAGCCGCCAUCUUGGCUCGCCCGUUGCGUUCGCUUCAGUGGAGCUGUUGCAGCGGCCGCGGAGCCAAAAUGGCGGAGAUUCACAGUGAGGCGUUGCAGUUGAAUAAAGAAGGCGGAAAAGUCAUGUGAGGUUUGUUUACUUCCGCCUGGAGCUCAGCUGCACGUGUAGUGAAAGAACAUGGCUACCAUGAAAGCCUUCAGCCCAGAGGAGAUCCAGAGGAUCCUGCAUCAUCUGCAGCAGCCUGCAGUCUUCAUGAACAUGACCGGUGGCUGGCCUGUUCUCCGCUGGACUGCAGAGCACCUGUCCGACUGUCUGGGUGACAAACUCAUCAGAUUCAGACUCGGGAGGAAAGAGGAGACAAACACACCUUUGUUUGAGACCCAGUGCUCCUACGUGGAGGCCAGACUGCAGCAGUUUCUCAGCUGGACGCAGGACCAGGCCGAGGCAGACGUAGGACCUUUCUUUAAAUACCCCCGCUCACAGUACUGGGCCUACGCUGACUACAAAUACAUCGCCAUGUUAUUUCAAGACCAGCCUUCCAUGUUUGAGGAUGUAAAGUGGUCUGAGUUUGGUUUUGAGGGGCGUACUGGCAGGGAGAGCACCUUAUGGAUCGGCACAGCGGGGGCCAACACGCCGUGUCACCUGGACUCUUACGGCUUUAACCUGGUGCUGCAGGUACAGGGACGGAAGCGCUGGCACCUCUUCCCUCCAGACGACACUGUUAAACUCUACCCAACCAGGAUCCCCUAUGAGGAGUCCAGCAUCUUCAGCCAAGUGGAUGUUCUCCACCCAGACCUGAGGAGGUUCCCUAAUUUUCAGGGAGCCAGAACGCACGUCGUCACUCUGCAGCCGGGACAGGUGCUGUACGUCCCCAGACACUGGUGGCACUACGUGGAGUCUGUGGAUCCCGUCACUGUCAGUGUCAACUCCUGGAUCGAGCUGGAAGUGGAUGACGUGGCGAGAGUUGGGGAAGCUGUGACCAAGGCUGUUGUCUGCGCCCUUAAAAGUGACGACAACACUGGCGACUGGCUCAAUCCUACUGAGGAAGGAGUCGCAUCCCAUAAUGAGAACAUGCAGUGUGUGAACCUGGCAGUGAGAGCCUGUGCUGACAGACCGAGGAGCCUCUGCCACGGCGAGCUGACCCAGCACCCGAGAGACGCCCGUCCAGCCAAGCGGGACUCCAGAGGACAAAUCAGGAAAAACAGCGAUGUGGUCGGGGAUCCUGCGCCCUUCAGUGUUCCCUUCGGACCAAACCUCAUCCCUGUACGCUGUCAGCGGGAGCACAUGCCGAAAAUCACAAAAGCUCCAGAGGUCAGAUCCUCCAGGAUGUGUGAUGUCAGGUGUCAAGAGGAGCGCGCUGUUGGCUCGGAUGAAGCACCAAGAGCCAAGUCUGCAGCUGCUGUCAGACUGCGCCAGGAAUACUGUGGUGUAACUCAGUGUAGGUCAUGUGACUGUGCAGAGGGGACGUCAGAGGACUCUUCAGGCGAUUACGAGGAAUCAAUACACACAACAAUAACAACAGAUGACCUGUUAGACUGCCUGGUGCACCCUGAUGUCAUCGCCCGUGUCACUGAGCUUUUACUGGAGAGGCACACAGGAAGUCACAGCGACACAACACCCUCUUAGCUUUAAAGAGGGCCGAUGCUAAUGUUCCGGUGAUGGAUGAACGCCACGUCGGGAGCGAUGAAUGAAAACAGUCUGCUGCCACAUCUAAGAGAGGAAGGAAGGCUGCCCAUGUACGACAACAAUAAAUAUGAUAUUUAAAACAUUGGAUGUCCUGCGCUUUGUUUUCUACUGACGUGACCUGCAUGUUAGAGACCUGAGGUGUCACACCAUACGUGAAAAUAUAGUUUCAGUCACUGCAGUGGAGAAAACUGAUACCAAUGCACAUUUUAAUCUUUAAAAUUUCAAACAGCACAAAAACAAGUUUCAGCAUCAGCUGUCUAUUUACAGAACUUUAUAGGGAGCAGCUUCAUCAGUACUUUCCCACAGUAAACAAAAA